AUGUCAGCAGCAAGUGCCGAAGCUCUACGAAGUUGUCCAUCGCCGGAAAAUCAGCAAAGCACAUUUCGUUACAUCUUCUUAUUCUGUAUUGCUCAUUUUUUGCACGGUAUUGGGGCAACGCCGCUUUUUACACUUGGUGUUAGCUAUAUCGAUGAAAAUGUCGGCCCGGCAUUAUCUUCUCUUUAUCUUGGCACGUUUUAA